GUGAAUGUGCAGAAACAGCGACGCACCUUUUGCAAGAAGUGCAAGUGCCACAAGCCACACAAGGUGGCACAAUACAAGAAGUCGAAGAAGCGUAAAGGUGCUCAGGGAAGACGUCGUUACGACAGAAAACAACAAGGUUUCGGUGGUCAAACCAAGCUUAUCUUCAGAAAAGAG